AUGUUGCUUAUCAGCAUUCGCUUAUCCGAUUGCCUCAUCGGAAUCGGGCGUCUUCAGUCGGUCGCCGUCAGCGGCCAAUUGUUUUGCGACGGGCGUCCAGCUGCCGGCGUUAAAGUCAAAAUGUAUGAGAAGGAGUUUUUCUUGGAUAGAAAAAUGUCAGAAGUCUAUACGGAUCAGAACGGACGAUUCACGAUCACUGGAAGAAAGCGAGAAAUUUCGACGAUUGACCCGAAAGUCAAUGUUUAUCAUAAAUGCAAUUAUGCCGGCAUCUGCUACAAGAAAUUCGGCAUCACAAUCCCCGACAACUACGUCACUUGGGGUUACACACCCGACAGGACAUAUGACAUUGGAACGCUGAAUCUUGCCAACAGAUACACUGGCAUGACAACCGACUGCCUUAAUUAA